CACUGGCGUGGCAGGUUGUCUCUCACACCGGACAUGCACUAAGAUUUUGCUUGGCAUUACUCAAAAGCAAAAGGAAGAAAUAAGAGCAAGCAAAAAAGAUUGUGCUGAUUUUAAUAUGAUGCAAAAACUGCAAAUGUAUGUUUAUAUUUACCUGUUUGUGCUGAUUGCUGCUGGUCCAGUGGAUCUAAAUGAGGGCAGUGAGCGAGAAGAAAAUGUGGAAAAAGAGGGGCUGUGCAAUGCAUGUGUGUGGAGACAAAACACAAGGUACUCCAGAAUAGAAGCCAUAAAAAUCCAAAUCCUCAGUAAACUCCGUCUGGAAACAGCUCCUAACAUCAGCAAAGAUGCUAUAAGACAACUUCUGCCCAGAGCUCCUCCACUCCGGGAACUGAUCGAUCAGUACGACGUCCAGAGGGAUGACAGCAGUGAUGGUUCUCUGGAAGAUGACGAUUACCAUGCCACCACGGAAACAAUCAUUACCAUGCCCACAGAGUCUGAUUUUCUAAUGCAAGUGGAUGGAAAACCCAAAUGUUGCUUUUUUAAAUUUAGCUCUAAAAUCCAGUACAACAAAGUAGUGAAAGCCCAGCUGUGGAUACAUCUGAGACCUGUCAAGACUCCCACAACAGUGUUUGUGCAGAUCCUGAGACUCAUCAAACCCAUGAAAGACGGUACAAGGUAUACUGGAAUCCGAUCUCUGAAACUUGACAUGAGCCCAGGCACUGGUAUUUGGCAGAGUAUUGAUGUGAAGACAGUGUUGCAAAAUUGGCUCAAACAGCCUGAAUCCAACUUAGGCAUUGAAAUCAAAGCUUUGGAUGAGAAUGGGCAUGAUCUUGCUGUAACCUUCCCGGGACCAGGGGAAGAUGGGCUGAAUCCCUUUUUAGAGGUCAAAGUAACAGACACUCCCAAAAGGUCCCGAAGAGACUUUGGUCUUGACUGUGAUGAGCACUCCACAGAGUCCAGGUGUUGCCGUUACCCCCUCACGGUGGAUUUUGAAGCAUUUGGAUGGGACUGGAUUAUUGCACCCAAAAGAUAUAAAGCCAAUUACUGCUCUGGAGAGUGUGAAUUUGUGUUUUUACAAAAAUAUCCCCAUACUCACCUUGUGCACCAAGCAAACCCCAGAGGCUCAGCGGGCCCUUGCUGCACUCCUACAAAAAUGUCCCCCAUUAAUAUGCUAUAUUUUAAUGGCAAAGAACAAAUAAUAUAUGGGAAAAUUCCAGCCAUGGUAGUAGACCGGUGUGGGUGCUCAUGAGCUUUGCAUUAGGUUCAGAACUUCCUAAAUCACAGAAGGUCUUCCCCUCAAUUUUGAAACUGUGAAAUUAUGUACCACAGGCUGUAGGCCUUGAGUAUGCUAUAGUAAUUUAAGCACGAGAUACAGUGGAUGAACUAAAAGAGAGAAUAUACAUAAUGGUUGGCAUUUAACCAUCAAAAUAAACCAUAUAAUAGGACAUUUAAUGAUUUCCAGAGUUUUUGAACUAGGAGGAGAUCAAAUUACACUUAUGUUCAUAUAUAUAUAUAUAUAUCACAACUACAGUCUAGGCAAAGAAAUGACAGCACUUCAUGCCUGCUGAAUUAAAGGGGUAUGCUUUAAAGGUAAAGUCUUAUUUCUUAACAGUUCCCCUUAAUAUUUACAGAAAAAUCUAUAUAUAGACUUUGUAAAGUGCAGAAUUGUUAUUAUCAUUUAAAAACAUUCAUGUACAUUUUUAUUUGUAUUGUAUGCUCGGUAUGAUAAAAUUCCACAAAAUCAGAAUGGUACCUUCUACAUGUUUCCAUUCCUAUUCUAAUUGGACAAUGUAUUGACAACCCUUGCCAGUGGUGCUAAUGCCAUGGGCUAAAUGGCUACUACCAGGCUCUUCAAACAGAGCAUGCUCUGUAAAAUAAGGUUCUCCCCUUCCCAGGGGCAUUUCCAUACAGCACUGAGUGGGGAUGCAUUUUCUUUAAGGAAAGAAGAAUUUUUUUUGAAGAGGCCAACUUUCAAUUCUCUAGCACAGUGGGAGAAACUGCUUUAUCUUAAAAGGCAGCCUAGUAUUCAUUUCUAUCAAAAUUCAAAAUCACAGCCUGCCUUUGUCACAUUGCAGUUUUGUGGUAAAAUAAUGGAAAUGACUGAUUCUAUCAAUAUUGUAUAAAAGGCUCUGACACAAUUGCAUUUAUAUAAUAUGUAUACAAUAUUGUUUUGUAAAUAAGUGUCUCCUUUUUUAUUUACUUUGGUAUAUUUUUACACUAAUGAAAUUUCAAAUUAUUAAGGUACAAAGACACGUCACGUAUCUCAGAAAAGUGACUGCUUCUAUUUCAAAGCUAAUUAGCAGAUUCAAUAGUGGUCUUAAAACUCCCUAUGCUAAGGUUAGAUGGUUAUAUUACAAUCAUUUUAUAUUUUUAUAAUAUCAGCAUUCACUUAUGGAUUCAUGGUGGCUGUAGCUAUGAAUGUGAAGUUUCAGUAAUUCCUGUCAUUGUAUUCAAAUCUCAAUGCUCCACUAUUUUAAAUAUUAUAAACAUUAUUGAACAUACCAAAAUGAUAAACUCCAGUAUCUAAAGAAAACAAAUAUGGUGUCUCAAUAAGAACAACUACUUUUAUUUUAUAAUUUGACAAUUAAUAUAGUUCUGCAUUAUUUACUUCAAUUUUGUAAAUUGGAAUUUUGUUGAUCUAUAAAGUUAAAUGAAAUUAUUUCUUACAUAAAAUGUGUAGAAACUACAAAUUAUAUUAAAGUGUUUUCACAUUUUUGAAAGGC